UGUGACGCAAUAAAACCGGAAGUUCAUGUUAGAUGACUGCUGUUGUUGACAGUGCGGACGCACUACAACACAUUGAUACCACCUUUUAGUAGAUGUUCGUAGUUUAAAUUCAAACGUGAACACGUGCAACAACCUCCUCAUUAUACCGCCAUGUUAAUUUGGUCUUAAUUCGCCGUUCUGUUGUUUGGUUGUCAGUUUCGUCUCCGCUGAUAACUUUGCGACGCAGCUAGCACAGGAGGCUAAGCACCUAGUUAGCUAAUUAGUAAGCCAUGGACAGUCAAUUUAAUCUCGGCUAAUACCAUUUAACGAUAUACUUUGCAGGUUUUAUUUCAUCUUUGUGCUCAAAACUGGUUGAAACAACGCACCAAACAAGAUGGCAGUGGAGCUGGACGUGUUCGUGGGUAACACCACCAUCAUGGAUGAGGAGGUUUAUCAGCUCUGGUUGGAUGGAUACACAGUGAAUGAUGCAGUGAAGGUACGAAUGGAGGGAGGAGUGCUGGAGGAGUUUGAGGCGAGUGCAGAUGUCCUGCUGAGUGACACCAUGGACCAGUAUAGGACUUUCCAGAUGUGUGAGCGACUGCUGCACAGUCCAGCCAAACUAGCCAACCAACUCCUGUUUCAGAUCCCACCUCAUCGACAAGCCAUCCUCAUAGAAAGAUACUACGCUUUUGAUGAUGCAUUUGUCCGAGAGGUCCUGGGAAAGAAACUCUCCAAAGGAACCAAGAAAGACUUGGAUGAUAUCAGUGCCAAGACAAGCGUGACACUGAAAAGCUGCAGACGACAGUUUGACAACUUCAAACGUGUUUUCAAAGUUGUGGAAGAGCUGAAGGGACCCCUGGUGGAGAAUAUACGUCAGCAUUUUCUUCUCUCUGACAAGCUUGCAAGGGAUUACGCCGCCAUUGUUUUCUUUGCCAACAAUCGCUUUGAGACUGGGAAAAGAAAGCUACAAUAUCUCACUUUCCAGGACUUUGCUUUCUGUGCUGGGCAGCUUAUCAACAGCUGGACCAUUGGGGCUGUCGAUAACAUGGUGGAAGACAUGGACGUCGAUCUUGAUAAAGAGUUUUUACAGGAACUGAAGGAACUGAAGAUUUUAAUAACCGACAAAGAUCUGCUGGAUCAACACAAAAGUCUGGUCUGUACAGCUCUCAGAGGAAAGACUAAAGCUUUUAAUGAGAUGGAGGCUAAUUUCAAGAACCUUUCCAGAGGUCUUGUCAACAUCGCCGCAAAGUUAACUAACACAAAAGACGUCAGAGAUUUCUUCAUUGAUCUCGUGGAGAAGUUUAUUGAGCCGUGCCGUUCAGACCGGUGGACAGCUUCGGACAUGAGACUCUACCUCACUCACUACACCAACUCUGCACACAUACUUGACACAUUCAAACACCAGGUUGUGUGGGACAGAUACAUGGGCGUCAUCAAAAGCUGUAUCUUCAAAAUGUAUCACGACUGAAUCAUUUUCGUUGCGGCUCACCCCACUCUUCCUCGGGUUUGCACCCCCCCGUUAUCUCAGCCCUUUCGUUUGUGCUUGCGCCGAUGAAUUCUUCUCCCCAAGCUCCAUUAUCCCGACGCCCCCGCUCCCCCACAGUGUCUGUAAAUUUGGCUUGUAAAUAAAAUGUACGUAUUUACAUGAAAA